AUGAAGGCUAGCAUACCGAAACGACUGCUCACCCUUCGGGACAAGAAUGGCAACCACCGCCACAGCAAGUCUUCCGACGGCCACAAAUCCCGACCUCUAUCCACCGAUGCACUCUUCUCCAUGUUCAAGAAUGGCUCAGCCUCACAAAACGGCAAUGAUGAUGAGCACAAGGAGAGAGAUAAGGAGAAAGAAGCCGCAAAGAUCGAUGAACUUUCGAAGCGAGUCGAGGUCCUCGACGACUUGCACGACAUCUCCCCGGACUACCUCCGCUUCAUACUAAGGAGUAAUUACGCGGCUGGCGACGUCGAAAAGGCCAUGGAACUACUCGUCCUCCAUCAGAAGUCUAUUUCCGGCACGAUAAUCUCCUACAACCCCAACGUAAAUAUGCUUGGUGCUGAGAACCGCGGGAACGUCACCUGCUAUCUGGACGCGCUGCUCUUCGCCAUGUUUGCGAAGCUGGAAGCCUUCGAGUGCAUGCUCAAGAACGACCUUACGAACGAACCACAGCGAAACCUGGCUGCUUUGAUCCGCCUCUGGACUCAACUAAUACAGAACGCACUGGCUGCCUGUGGUUGGAAAGACGCACAACUGCUGGAACAACAGGACACAUCUGAGGCCUUCGCAUUUAUUACCGAGACUCUGCAGCUGCCCCUGCUGCCACUGCAGGUGGACCUGUUCCACCAGGGGAAAAGAGACGACGACGACCACAAGGUCGUCUACGAGCGUCUGUUAAACCUUGCAGUCCCAGCCGAUCCAGAAGGCAAAGGCGUGAAACUGGAGGACUGCCUGGAAGAGUACUUCAACACCAAGGUCGACGUCUCGCGCGACGGCGUUGAAGAGAAAGCAGGCCAAGACAGGCCAGUCCUGACCCCGAAGAGCACGAUACGGAUCGUUACUGAGGUUCCGGAGCCUGAUGAAACUAGUGCUGUGGUGGUGGUGCUGCUGCUGGAUGCCGGGGCGGACGCUGAGGCAAAUGCCGAGUUGGAUUCAUCAGAUCAAGUCGAAGUGGCGCCCCUGCAGCGACGGUGGACCAACGUGGACUCGCCGGCGUCGACGGCCUCCGCGUCGUAUCCAGACGUCACGCGUCCAUCUGCUCGGACUAGAUCGACGAGCAUAAUUCAGCGAAUCGUCCUGGAUGACGAUGGGAAGCCAACCGACUCAGAGGCUGCAAGUUUAUUACAGAAAGCAAAGCGAAAAGGUGCCACGGUUGUAAAGGCCGUCACAAUCCCGGCGUGGCAGUUUUUCCGACUGAUACCUUGGCAUGCUGUUCAAAACGCCGAACCCAGAACCGAUACUGAGAUUAUGAUGCACUUCAACCAACGCCCGGUGGUGGGGAUAUGUCUGAAGAGAUAUAUGUAUACGGAGGACGGGCUGGCUAAGAGGCAAAAUACCUUCAUCGACAUCCCCGACAGCCUCAGGCUCCCUCACUUCAUGAUGGUCGAUGAGGCCAAGGUGGAAGAGGACAGCGUACUAAGCCAGGACUACAAACUGGAACUCCAGUCCAUUGUGUGCCAUCGAGGUGAUUCCGUCCACAGCGGACACUACAUCUCGUUUGCGAGGGUAAACCCCAAGCUCCUGACGGACAACCGCCGCCAUGACAACGACCCCCCGCCCGACUACGAAGAUGCCCAGUGGGUCAAGUUUGAUGACCUGGCCCUCGAAAACAGGGUUUCCUAUGUCGACGACAUCAAGGAGUCUCUGAAGCAGGAGAUGCCUUAUCUCUUAUUUUAUCAGAUCGUCCCUAUGUGUGACGUGACCGCCGCAUCUACUGCAGGAUCCGAAACCGAACCACCGUCUUACAACGACUCCGCCCUUAACGUCACCACCAAUGGCGUUACGACACCGGGCCUUGAUAUCGACCGAGCUGGGCUGUCACGGCCAGCUAGCGGCUACUUUGACUCCCCACUUCUGAGUUCAGCUGGCCCAAGCAUUCGCUUCUCUUCAGAACUGGACCGACCGCCGCGGAUAAGUCUCAGCGUUGAGGACGAUGGUCAACAUUCCUCAAGUCUGCUCAGCCCGAACGCCUCCCGGCGUGGGAGUGUAGCCUUUUCGGAACCCGUCGGCCAUUCUCAAGCGAUCACACCGGAAACGGGAGUUUCUCCAGCCGUCACGCCGAAUGAAGAGACCACUGCGCAGAGAUUGUCGAGGGCGGCGGCAAAAUUUACCAAGAGUCGGAGCAGGCCUACAAGCCAGGCUGGAGAGGGUCGCAUCAGCUUGACCAUGUCUCGACUCACGUUCAACAAGAAGAGCAAGGACACGCUGCGUGAAGCUGCGGAGAAGUUCGAGGAUGGUGAAGAGACACCGGUUGCCAUUACCGCACCCGAGCGCCUUUCGACUGAUGGUGGCGAGCCUGUCAAGAAAGAGAAAGAUCACCACCACCCUCAUCAUCACCACAGGAAGGUGGGAGCAAAAUCAAAAAGCCGGGGGAGUGACAAGGACCCGGAGAAGGCCAAGAGCAAGGGUGAAGUCCCGGACCGGGAAUGCAUAAUCAUGUGA